AUGGGAGCUAACAGCUCAAAAUAAAAUUUGGAAAUAUUAAAUGAAUACAGUUUUCUCAAUGUGGCAUAAGAUGACGGAUACGGAGAAAUCCAAUUAUUUAGCAAUAAGAUCAAACGAACUGAUUAAAUGGCACUUAUUAAAUUUUACGAUCAAUCUGAUAUGGAAAAGAGGGCUAACUUAAUUCAAAUGAGAAAACAAUAAAACAAUCAAUACUUUACUAAAAUAUUGGAUUUUUAGGUGCAGACAACCGAGGACUUGUGCAGCAAUAUAAAUCUUUUGCAUGUUGGGCUGGAAUAUUUAGAAAAAAGCCUUUAAGAUGACAUCCUAAAUCGAAGAGCCAACGAUAGAACUUAUAAUGAGGGAGAGCUUUGGUAUUUAACUUAGACCAUACUUUCUGGAUUGAAAGAUCUUCAGAUGAAUAAUCUCCAAUAUCAGGAUUUGCACCCCAACAAUAUAAGGAUAAAGUUAAGUGGGGAAGUUAAACUGCUAGAACUAUGUUGCUUAGCCAAUCAGCAAAGCGCAUAUCAAAAAGUCUUUACUUAAAUAAGAGAAGUCGAAUAUCUUUCUCCAGAGCAAUUGUACGUGUUAGAAAAUGAACGUUAAAAUGAUAAGUAAGAAUAUUCUAUUGAAAAAUAAAAUGUAUUCAUACUUGGCGUUAUCUUCUUGGUGUGCAUAACUAAUAUGGAUGUGAAAAAGUUCUAUAAUAAUUUCACUUUUAAUUCAGAACUGGCUAAUCAAAAAUUGAAUAGUUCCUUUGAAAAGUACAAUUACUCCGAUCCAAUGAAGCAUCUGCUAAAGGAUCUAUUGCAACUCAACACCUAUCAUCGACCAACAUAUCUUGAAAUCUUAGAUAAAAUAUCUCAUGUCGAUUCUAGUAGAAUAUCUCCAAAUCUAUAUGCAUUGAAUAUGCAAGAUUAAGCUAUUAAAUCAACAUUGCAUUUCAAGAGUCAAACUAAUUUCGUAUAAGAAUAAGUUAUCGAAAGCUAACCUUAAUCUCUGUAUGAGCAGCACAACCUUAUAAAUGAUUCCUUUAACAGACAAGUCACCUCUAAUUUCUAAGCCAAUUUAGAAUCUGCUCCCAUCACUGAAGUCAAUAAAUAAAGCUAUGACUUUGAAGUUGCUACUCAUUCAAAAUAUGAAUCAAAUCAUUAAGCAACUCAUCUAACCACUUAGGAAGGAUUGGAUAAAAUAAGACAACUAAAAGAAAGAUUUCAAUUCAUGAAAGGGGAAAUUCCUUAGUAAUAAGCAGCUACAGUUCCUACUACAUUUACUCAUUAAGAUGAAAGCGAUACUUAUAGACUUCCUAAUUAAAAUAUACAAAAUCCUUACCAGCCCAAUUUCUUAGAUAUGGACCCAAUUAUCUAAAGAGCUCUACAAAAAAGCAGAGAAGUUAUGUCCAAAUGCAAUCCGUAUUAAACUUCUGAUCCUUAUGUUCCAAUUUUGUAAUCCUCAAGUGCCUCAUUUCUUCCUUAACCUGGAAUGCCAUCCAUUAUUCAACCAAUUCAGAAUUCAUAAUUAGGGAAUUCAUAAUUCAAUUAAAACUUUUAGACUUCGUAGUAAAACCCUUCAUUCCAAUAGCAAUUUAGUCAAUACAGUCAAAUUAAUCCAGUUUAAGCUCCAUAGUCCUUACAACAAUCACAGUUUUAAAAAUAACCAACUUUUUCAUAAUCAUUUUCUCCAUACCCUCAGUAAAAUGAGUAGACAUCACCUUUGAAAAAACCAGCCAUAUCUUAAUAUAUUUAAUAAUAAACAUUUACACCUCCAUCAUUUAAUUAACAAUAAUCAAUGUACCAACCUAAUGUAAGGAAUGAUAGGUUUUUAUGA